GGUCGGCUCGAAGUUUCGUAAAAAAACUGUUGAAAAUAUUGAAUAAAAAGUUAUCUGGCAAUUAACAAGCUUUAAUUGAUUGUGCGGCUAUAGGUGCGAAUUAUCCGAGUGCAAUAUGUAUUUUUUGGCAUUGCUUGCGUUCAUCGGAAAUGCCAAAGAUGGUAACGCGGUGAGCUCUAGUCUCAUACCCGGCGGACACUGCCGUGACUACAAUGGCAAGCUAUACGAGACGGGCAUGCACUAUAUGCCCGGGCCGGACUCCUGCCGGCUGUGCAUCUGCGACAGCGGGCUGCCCAAGGCCUGCAAGAUGGUGCUGUGCGAGGCGUUCAGCAAGUGCAAGUCCUUCCAGACGGUGGGCAGCGGCAACAACUGCUGCGAGGUGAUCUGCCUGGAUGAUCAGUUCAGCGAUGGAAGCACAGACUUUGGCAUUUGACUGGUGGCCAGUGGCAUCACGG